UGGUUUCGUGUGUGUUGUGUUUACCGUGUUUACUGUUUAUGAUGAUAUUUUUUCAACUGUCAAUUCGAGGUUGAAAACAACGUUUUCUUAUUAUCUUAACAUUUUUACAUAUAAAUGGUUGGGGGAAAUUAUAGGCUGAAGGGGGUGAGCUUUUCCGAUCAAGCCAUCUGGUCACGCUAUAUAUUUAAUACAGGCCACCAAUUUCCAAAAAAUGUCAAGUGCAGAGGAACCUACUCCAAAAGUGGAAUUUAAAAAAAAGACCCGAAAGCCUCUGAGGCAGAGAAAACUUCGUGAAGAUGAAGACAGCGACGAGGAUAAUUCCUUAAGAGAAAAACUUGAAGAACUAAAAACUAUUCAGAAACUUCGAGAAAGGGCAGCUGGAGUUAAAAUCGAUGGUGAUUAUUCGGGAAGUAAAACAAUAUCUGAAGACUCAACAUCUGAUCCAUUCAACAUUAAAGCUGGAGGAAUGGUGAAUAUGUCGGCUUUAAAAAAUGCAAAAUUGCAAAAGGCGAACGAUGCCUACGAUACAGGAAUAGGAACGCAAUUCAAUGCUGAAACUAAUAAACGCGAUGAAGACGAGGACAUGGUUAAAUAUAUAGAAGAGCACUUGUCUAAAAGAAAGCACAAUAAUAAAGAAGAUUCGGAAGACGCUGCAGGAAAUGAGCAAGGAACCUAUUGUUCACCAGAAGAAGCUGCUCUUCAAGCAGUUCCGGAUCAUUUACGACAAAGUUCUACAUAUAGAAGCGAGGAGAUGCUUUCAAAUCAAAUGCUCUCUGGCAUUCCCGAAGUCGAUCUUGGCAUAGAAGCGAAGAUUAAAAACAUUGAAGCAACAGAAGAGGCAAAGUUGAAACUUCUUUGGGAUCGGCAUAGAAAAAAAGAUGGGCCUUCGCAAUUUGUGCCGACGAAUAUGGCUGUUAAUUUCGUUCAACACAACAGAUUCAAUAUCGAAGACGCGGAUGUUCAGAAAAGCAAGCAACUGCGGGAACAAAAGAAGAUUGACGUCCCAAAAAUGACCGCAAAAGAAAAAAGGAAAGAAGCUGAAGAGAAAGCAACGGACGAUUUUCAUUAUGAACGGUUUAAAAAGCAGUUUAGGAGAUUUUAAAUUUUCGUGGAUAAAAGUAAUAUUAUUCACUAUUUAUUAUUUUACUUAACACCCUAAAUAUUCGGCAUUUUUGUUGGUUAAAAAGCAGGUUACUAAAAAAACUAUUUUAUUGAAUAAUAAGUGACUUGAAUCAUUAUAUUUUCUCUUAUUGUUUAUGAUUGUAAACCGUGAGAAGAAUCCCGAUUUUUGAUUGGAUACGAAUAAGGAUGGAUCCAGAAAUAAGAAAACAAAUUUUUAAAUUUUAUAUAUGCAUAUCAGGUACUUUAUGUACUUAGGGUCUCCUCAAUAAAGGAAGACACCACAAAACAAUGAAAUUUAUAAUAGAAUAAUUAAAUU